UUUUUUCAAUUCACUCUUUUUCAAAUCGCUUGUUUUUUUUGUUAUUCCCGCCCGCUGUAAUUUUAAGUACAGCCACUAAAAUGUCGAGUAUCGCGCAAAUGCACAGGUCGCGGACCGUUAUUUCGGAGGCAACCACACCGGUGACCGUGUUCACAGGGUUUCUGGGAGCAGGCAAAACCACGCUUAUUUUUAACCUGAUCAAGCGCGCCGACCCUGAUUACAAGAUAGUCUUGCUGAAAAACGAAUUUGGCGAUGCCGAGACUGACAGCGCGCUUGCUCGCGAGAGCCAUAUAGAGAUAGCUGAGAUGACAAACGGGUGCCUGUGCUGCGUUCUGGUCGGCCAGAUGAAGCGGGCCUUAGAGGAGCUGAAAGAAAAGUACCAGCCUGACCGCAUAAUCAUUGAGACUUCCGGCUCAGCCUUUCCAGCGCCCAUUGCAUGGCAGAUUCGCGAGAUGGAACCAUCAGGUUUCCACCUUGACUCGAUCUUGACGGUCAUCGAUUGCGUCAACUUUUGCGGCUAUGAAGACACUUCGUAUACCGCCCGCAUGCAAGCACAAUACACCGAUCUCAUUAUUCUCAACAAGUGGGAGCAAGUCAGCGAGCGCCAGCUGGACAUUGUAAUUGACCAUGUCAACGAUCUUAAUACGGACACGCCCAAGAUUAAGGCGCAUAAAGACGUUGGAAUCGAUCCUGCAGUAGUUUUUGGACUGGACACCACCUUGUUCCGUCUUUCAGAGCGACCUGUCUCUGCUGCCAAAGGUGAAUCUGGCGAGACAGACUCAUCAAGCUCUGUACAUCUGCCACUUGGUGGGCACGACCACCACGCACAAGAGGUCGAUUUAGUAGAGGUUCGCCGCAGCCGCAGUGAUGAUGGCGCACAGCAUGCGGACAUAAUCGACACCGAAUCGUUUGUCGCGUUUCUCAAGUCAUUACCCGCUGACGACGUUUACCGCGUCAAGGGAAUUGUGCGUCUCUCUAAUGCUGUUGCCGACGAAUCCAGCGCUGAUGUAUGCGACGCUGGUCACGCCACUGCCGCCGUAUCUGGCGAAGGUAUACUAUAUAUUGUAAACCAUGCGUUUGGCCGCUACACUUUCACACGGCUGACCUUAGACACGGACCGACUCAGGAAUACACUUGUUAGAGUCACUGUCAUGGGCAGUGGAUUGCGCAUGCUCUUGCCCAAACUCCAGAGCGGCUUUCGUGCCGCAGACGAUGAGAUUUCUACACACUGGGCUUGCACGCACUAAUUAAGAAUACAAUAAAAGCAGUUGCACAGAUACACUUUCCCUCAAUGAAGCUGAUUUCCAAAUGAUAGUUUACUAACGAACUGGG